AUGUCUGAUAAAAAUAGUUUUCACAUAUUUCAUAUACUUGAAUCUGAAGAGGUCUCUUUAUUUAUCAAUUCUAUCUAUUCAUUAUAUUUGAACGCAGACCAAGUAUUAGAACCUCUCCUUAGAAUGGAUUUCUCGGCAAGGAAGAAUACACCAUUCGAAGUUAAUAUUACUUUGACUAAACAAUCCGAUGAAGUCAAAAAUUUAUUUAAAGAAAUCGCUCGCAACGAACCACCUCUUGUACCAUACUCAAUUCCAAUCAUCGGGCAUACAUAUAACUAUUUAUUAGACACUAAAAGUUUUAUUAGAAAAUGCAAAGAACAGUAUGGGGAUUGUUUUUCGCUCUAUGUAUUAGGACGAGAAAUAACGAUAAUUUCAGGAAAUUCAAUCAAUGAUGUAUUCAGAUGUUAUGAAUCAUUUAAUAACGUACCAGAAGUAAACGAGCUACUUUCUUUUCAUCAAAUUUUCAACUAUAACUACGGUUUAAAUCUAGAGACAGUGAAACGCAAAUGCAAAACCACCAAAGAAUAUUUAUCUAGUAAUCCUUUUAUUCCUAUCGUGCAAAAAUAUCUCGUAAAAGAGAUUGAUAACUUGAUCGGAGAAUGUAAAGAUCCCAAGAUCAUUUCUAAUGUAUGGUUUAUGGUUAAUAGCAUAAUAACUUUAUCAAUGGCGCGUGUAUUAAUUGGAGAGGAUGUGGGAUCUCAUAAAAAUUCAUUAAAUGCAUUAGCAAAUUUGUCAUUUGAAUUGGGUCCUUUGCUUUCAAUCCCACCAGUUCUCAGUUUUAUUCAUCCGAGAUUACAUAAAAUGGUGGUCACAUUAUCAAUGAAAUUUGGAUGGGGUCCGAUAUCAUAUAAUCGAAAACUUUUAAUAAGUUGUCUACAACCAGUAAUUAAAAAACGUGUUGAGGAGAAAAGAAUACUUCAUAAUAAACAUAAACCUUACAAUGAUUUACUUGAAUAUUAUAUGAAUCAAACGGGUUUCGAUUUCACCAACCCUGAUAAUAUUCCCGACUUAUUUCUAGUGGCUUUUGCCGCUAUCGGAACAACAAGCAAAGCGACUAUUAAUGCUUUAUAUGAUUUGGCGAGCAGGCCGGAAUGCUUAAGUGAAUUAUAUGAAGAGGCGUUUGCAAUUGACAAAGAAUGCAAUGGAUCGAUUACCUUAACCGAUAUUCAAAAGAUGGAAAAACUAGAUAGCUUUGUUAAGGAAUCACUUAGGCAUACCGGUGAUACAAUUACCUUUCCUCAUACCGUUAUACCAGAAAGGUACACCUUCUCAAAUGGUUACACGGUUCCAAAAGGACGCAUAAUAAAUAUGUAUACGGAGAGUUUGUUAAAGUCAAAAGAAUCAUAUGGUGAUGAUGCCGAAGAAUUUAAACCAUAUCAGUUUGUAAAUAAAAAUUCACCAGCAACAAACGUUGAUCGUUCUUAUAUCAUCUUUGGUGGCGGAAAACGUUCAUGUCCCGGUCGAUUUUUUGCCGUAAAUGAAAUAAAACUUGCAUUACAUAAAUUGAUUUUGAGAUAUCAUAUCGAAACAAAAAGUGGGAUAAUUGAAAAUAAAUUUAUACUGGGACCCAUUACAUUGCCUCCUCGAAAUUCCCUAAUCUUCAAGGAUAGAAAUUAG